AUGAACCGGAACCGAGCCAUUUCCAGCAGCGCUAUCUCUAGGGCGGUGUCAGACGCUAGCGCAGCUGACUAUGGCAGUGCGAUAGAGACUCUGAUGACAGAGUCUCUAUCGCACUAUCGCACCAUCUCUCUAAUCAAGUAGUCUAAGGUGUCGGCUGAUGACUGCUGCAAAGUUCUCAUCAGCUCUCUACAGAACUGUCUCCACGGCAUCGAGAACAAGUCCUACGGCUCUGCCUCCAGACGCGAGAGGUCGAGGGAGCGAGACCACAGCCGAUCCCGGGAGAAGAGCCAUCACCACAAGUCCCGUAGCCGCGACCGCCACGAGGACUACUACCGCGAACGCAGCCGGGAGCGAGAACGCGAACGCGAACGCGAAAGAGUACCGGCACCGCCGGAGUACAGGCACCGCUAG